CAAAUUCUGACAUAACUUGUUGCAUAAGAAAAAGUGAAGCGCAUUUGAAUCUAACGUCAACGUUUGGUCACAUCCCGUUUUGUGGUGGCAAGGAACAUGGAUUCGGAUCAAUUCACCACUUGCCCCUUAUGCGAUUCAUGUCUACCCUUAUCUCAACUCACUGGCAGGCACGUCAAUUUUCAUUUUUGGGAACUCCAGCAUGAUUUUGACCUGCCCACAAUAAUUCAACGCUCUCCCAAUGUUGAUUCAUCCCCUCAAUCUCUUCCGAGAGAGCAAGCAAGCACUGUUUCACUGUCUGGAGCAAAGUAUUCGCGUGGUGGUGAGACUAGUAGCGAGAACGGGGAGUGCAAAGUGAAUGACAGAAUCUCUUGCUUGAUUGUUUCUCAGACAAGGUGUGAAUUUCACAAAGUUGAAGCGGGUUUGAUGACAUUGUUCAAAAAUUGUUUAGAGUCUGAAAUUGGAAAUUCAAUUAGCAUUUUGUCGGGUUAUGUUGAUCAUUUCCAGUGCCUUGAAUCUGAGGAUGCCGGAUGGGGUUGUGGGUGGCGUAACAUUCAAAUGCUUAGUUCUCACGUGCUAGUGCAAAGACCUGAAGCAAGGAAAGCUUUGUUUGGUGGUUCGGGAUUUGUUCCUGAUAUCUUGUCGCUGCAAAGGUGGCUCGAGAUUGCUUGGGAGAAGGGUUUUGAUCCGCUUGGAUCAGCUCAAUUCAAUCAUGCUAUUUUUAGUUCUAAAAAAUGGAUAGGAACUACUGAGUGUGCAGCUCUAUUGCGUUCUUUUGGUCUUAGGGCAAGAGUAGUGGAUUUUGGUCCUAAGGAAUCCCAAUCCAUUCCAGGUUCUAGCGCUGACAAUGCCGGGAAUGAAACAAGUGUUCAUUUGGUAAAAAAGAAAGAUAAAGGGGGCAGGGGUUAUCAAGUUCUCAUGGACUUUGUGUGGAAUUACUUUUUGGAUGAAAACUCAAUCCAAUUUGGCCAAAAACAUGUUGUGAUCAGUGAGAAAACGCCUUUAUACUUCCAACAUGACGGUCACUCAAGAACAAUAGUUGGAAUUCAAGUCAACCAUCAACAAAAAAGACAUCUGCAAUAUAAUCUCCUAAUUUUGGACCCUGCUCAAAGUACAGCCGCUCUUGAAAGAUCCCUCAGGCAGAAAGUUGGGUGGGAGGAACUCAUAAAAAGGGGAAUGCAUACACUAAAGAAGCCACAGUACCAGUUGUGUUAUGUUGACCCUGGAAUCGCUAGUGAGGGGGAGGUAGAAAAGCUGAAAACAAUUGAUAGCAUCUUCCUUGAAUUUUAAACAAGCCGACAAAGCACUUUCUACAUCCAGGUCGUGUCUUCCAGUUAAGGUCAUUAGAUUAUUUUUCUUGGCACUUAUUCUGACUAUAAUUUUAUUGCACUGGAGAAGAAAUUCAAGAAAACCUUGGUUUUCUGAAUUGAUACAACAGGCUCUUUUCUUAGUUACAGAGUAAGGAUCUGUAUAAAAAUGUCUAAGUAUAAACCUACGAAGUUUCUUCGAAGCUCUGUAACCUGAACAUCCUUGAAUAAAGUCCUGACUCUACUGUUAUUAGGGUCGAGUGGGAACCCAUCUGUACAACUUUACCUUUGUCCAUGACAAUUAUAGUAUCUGAGUUUAUCACUGUGGAAAGCCUAUGAGCUACUGUUAUCUGGGUGGUCCUUGAACGCAAUCCACGGUCUUCCUUCAGAUGUAUUGCGUUUAAGGCAUUUACUAUAAUUCCUUCAGACUCAGCAUCAAGAGCACUUGUUGCUUCGUCAAGGAGUAAAAUUGCAGGCUUCUUUAGUAUUGUUCUGGCAAUGGCUAUUCUUUGCUUUUGACCUCCGGAAAGCUGGCAGCCUUUCUCUCCAACAACAGUGCUAUAUCCAUUUGGUAAAUUACUUACAAAUUCAUGUAUGUUUGCUUCUUUAGCAGCCUCCACUAUUUCACUUUCAGAAGCCACAUUAUUGCCAUAGCAAAUGUUGUCUCUGAUUGAGCAAUUAAAAAGCAGUGGUUCUUGUUGUACUAGUCCUAUUUGUGUCCUUAACCAUCUUAGAUUAUAUUUCCCUAUGUCUUUUCCAUCAAUUAACACCUUUCCUCCCUGUGGAUCAUAAAAUCGUAGUAAAAGGGCCAAAACAGAGGAUUUUCCAGCUCCACUUGGUCCAACAAAAGCCACCUUCAAUCCAGCUUCAAUUUGUAAACUGAAAUUAUCAAGAACGGUGACUUCGGGUCUUGAAGGGUAGUUAAAUUUUACAUUUUCAAAUUCUACAUUUCCUUGGAUCCUCUCUGGUUGUGAAUCAUCUGGUGUGUCUGGUUCAAUUUCAGUUUUACGAUCAAGGGUUUUGAAUGCUGGGGUCAGUAUAUUGAUAGCCGAGAUGACAGUUGGGAUCAGCGUGUAUAAUUCUGUGAUAGAAGGAACUGUGAGAGAAAAAAUUUGGUAUGACCUUAUUCCAUUUUCAAAGCUGGCUUGACGUCUGUCAACCAGAAUUGUUGUGUACCACAGAGCAACAGCAUGUGCAAUGUUCCAUAAGCAAAGGGAGAAGCCUUGAAUGAUCCCAUAUUUGAUACUUUCUUUCCUAUACUUUUUCUUUGGAAUUUCUAGGGAUGUUUUGGCUUUCCUCAAUACUUGUUCUUCAUGACAAAAUGAGGCAAUAGUCCUUAUGUUGGUUGUAGACUCGGAUGCAAGAGCAACAAGCUCAGAAUGUGCUGCAGAGUAGUCACCAGAAAAUCCUUUGGCAGACUUGGCUUGAAUAAGACCACCUAUGAAGUGGCAGGGCAUCACAGACCAAGCUACCAAACUCAUUCUCCAGUUGACAACCAUGCUGACAACUGUUGCUAUCAGUAUGGAGGAAACACAUUGCAGGAUUACAGACAUUCGAUCAGCAAUGAUUACUUUGACCAUGGCAGUGUCACUGAUAACGCGUGAAGUCAAUGAACCAACAGUAUUCUCUGAUUUGUCAAACCAACCUACUUCAUUACGUAGCAGACCUGUAAAAGUUAAAAUAAUUAUUGACUGAUAUUUGUCAAAUCAUUCUGGAAUUUUAUGCAUGUGAUGUAUCAUGUAGGAUUUUGAGCCCUUGCCUCAGUUUUUUUUUUCCAGGAAAGAGAAAUGAGGUUCAUUUAUGGAAAUUCUAAUAGGGGAUAUCUGAUACCUGAAUACAGAGCACGUCUGAGAUUUGCCAUGGCCUUUUCUCCAACCACUCCAAAUAAGUAAUGCUGGACGGUGUGGCUGAAUAAUGAAAGCAUCCCUACUGCAGUGAAGAUGGCUGAAUAAAGUCCAACUUUCGUUUUUGCAUCUUCCUUAAAGUAUGCUACUCCUAUGGUGAUGAUGAAAAACCCAAAAAAUGGCUUUGAGAUACCAGAGAAAGCUGCUGCAAUUGAGCCAAUAGAAACCUUCACUAGCUCCCUCUUUCUAAGACGAAACCAAAUUCUGAAAAAUAUAUUUCUUUUUCCGCUGCCCAUUUUGUUGUGUUCCUUUAGCACAGAGUGCUCGGUAAUAUUCUUUUGGACCUCUCCCUGCACUUCUACUGGUGGUCUAGUUUCAGUAGGAAAAUCUUCUUGGCGGGCACUUUUAGUCUUUGAAAUCGUAGCUCUAUCCAUUUAACAUUUAAAGCCUAUUAGAGUGCUUCUUUCUUACUCUUUGAUUCACAGUAUAUGUAAAAAAUGUACAUUAUAUUGUCAAUUACCUGGGUUCAGCAACUAGUUCAAGGUUCUGCAUGCUAAAUAAUGUACUAUAGAAUCUGCUUGUGUCUAACAAACUCUGGUGUGUUCCUGUCUCCGCAACUUGUCCAUUCUCGACUACAACAAUGAUAUCUGCAUUUACAACUGUUGAGAGCCUGUGUGCGAUCAAGAUGACAGUCCUUCCCUGCGUAGCUGACUCAAGUGCUUCUUGAACCAGCUUUUCAGACUCUGAAUCGAGGGCGCUAGUGGCUUCAUCAAGCAAAAGGAUAGGAGGAUUUUUAAGAAUGGCUCUGGCUAUUGCAAUUCUCUGUUUUUGGCCUCCUGAUAAUUGGACGCCCCUUUCUCCAACCUGGCAACCAUCACAGCUGACAUAUGAGCCCAUAAAUGUUAUGAGGGGAAGGAAUAUAUGUUGCAGAAGACAUGUUGGGUUGACUCCCGUUUGUGCAUCGACUUAUGCAGAAGAUAUCAUGAGUGCAUCAACUUAUCCCCAUCUACAAUAGGCCAGCUUAAAACCGGGCAGGUUGGAUUGACUCCCGUUUGUUUUGUGGCUUGGAGAGACCAUGCCACUUAUUUUAUGGUGGGUUAGGUUAGAAGAUCAUCUCAUGGUUUAUUGCGAUUCUCUUAUGAAGCUUUCUGUAGAUAGUAAAAUUAAUAUUAAAAGAGUCUAUUUAUGAAGAACUGAAGUUAAAUUGGUUUAUUUUUAUUUGAUAAUGAUAUGUUGGAAGUGGAUGAUUGGUGGAUUUGUGUUUGGACAGUGAAGAUGUAGUCUAAUCUGCCAAGCCCCAUAAUUGGAGGAAUUUCGAUAUAAAUCAACUUUUGCUACCUUAUUGUCCUCUUUUCUUUCUUAUUACAAGUCAUAUGGCAUUAAAUAGAAAAAAGGAACAGAAUAUGUUUAAUAUAUGCAAAUGAUGUAAAUUAAUACAAUGAAAGGAAGAUCAAACAAGAGAUAAUCAAGCUACAAGAAUGAUAUACUAGAUUGAAUAACUUACCUCGGUCAGGUACUGAUUAGGCAGCUGAGAUAUGAAAGAGUGUGCAUUUGACAUUACAGCUGCCUUCUGAAUCUCUUGAUCAUCUGCGUCCAUUUUCCCCACUUUCAAGUUAUCCUCGAUGGUGCCUGCAAAGAGUGAUGGCUCUUGGGAAACGGCCCCUAUGUUUCGUCGAAGGAACUUCAGAUUAAGAUCCUUGAUAUUCUGACCAUCAAUAAAGAUAACUCCUGGAAUGUUUCAACAAAGUCAGGCUUGCAACAUUCAUUUGUGUUGGGUUCCUUUGACGGUAACAAGAAAAAACAAAAGAAGGAAACCAAACAACUCGAGUGUGGCAGAAGGUUAUGACACUAUAUUAGAUUAUCCCUUAUAUAAACGUAGAACUAAGAAAAUAAAAUAACAGAAAUUAUUGAGAUAGUUAGAAUAAAAGAGAUAGUGGAAGAUUAUUUAAACUGACCUCUUGAGGGAUCAUAAAAUCUGUUAACCAGGGAAAUAACAGUGCUCUUUCCACAGCCACUGCUACCAACCAAUGCUACUGUUUUUCCAGCUGGAAUGGACAAGGACAGUCCUUGAAGGAUUGGUUUGUCUGGGCGUGAUGGGUAGGAAAAGUGAACAUCUUGAAAGACAAUGUCACCUUUGAUUCUGCUAGGCAUCUUCCCUUCUGAUUCAUUACUUAUCAGAGGCUUUCUUUGGAUCACUUGGAAAACUUCAUAUCCUGCAGCUUUUGCCUGAUUGAAUACUUGCAUGUCUGGUGCUGCAUAAGUGAGUGAUCUGCAAUACACAAGGAGUGUUCAGUUCUAGCACUUCAUCAAUACUUACUAAUGAUUUUCUCCAUUCUAAACAAGCCUGAAGGUAGUUUCUUUCUUCCUUACAUGGCACCAAAGAGAAUACUCAUCACUGCAGCUAUUAUGUCUCCUCCUGUUGCUCUUCCUGCUCUGACCACAACAGCUCCAACCCAUACAAUGAAAGCCCAAGAACAGAAACUCACUGUUUGCAACAUCCCUGUUCCAACUCCUUUCACAAGUGCCUCCCCUUUGCUUAUAAUAUAUUGCUUAUCCAUGUUCUCUGUAAAGGAUUUGAUUUCGGAGCUCUCUCCAACAAAAGCAUAAACUGUUUUUAUUUGUGAUAUUGUCUGCAAUAUCCACAUCAGAGCUUGUUCAAACAAAAUUGUAUUAACUUAUGUAAAUGUGAAUUAUGUGUGCA